GCUGAGCACAGGACAGGAAAAGGGCGGUGGCCAGGUAUAUAAUAAGGUCCCAGCAGAGCCCGGCAGGGACUUGGAACGGGCGCAGAGGAGCUGCCUGGGAGUGUUCAUUCAGAAGCCUCCAGAGUUUGCCUGCAAGGAUGAAAGCGUUCCUGGCCUUUGGGCUGGCCUUCCUGGCAUCCCUGCAACUUGGGCUCUGUUUGCAGUGUUACACCUGCCAAGACCCCACUGACUUCGGCAGCUGCCUGACUAUCGCCAACUGCUCCGCAGACAGCACGCACUGCAAGAUAACGGUGCACUCGGUGGAUUCAGGAUACCCCUUUUUCGGAAACAUCACCGUCACCAAAUCCUGCUCCAAAAACUGCGUGCCUUCUGACCUAGAUGGGAUCGGUGAAACUCGCCCGGUCUACUGCUGUGACACCGAGCUCUGCAACAUUGGCUCCGGGCAACAGGCCAGGGCCGCAAUCUCCGCCACGGCUUUUAUAGCUGCCCUCACUUUCGGCCUCCUGUGGACCAGACUGUAAGGCUUCAGGAAGAGGGCGGAUGGAUUUUGGAGGAACAUCGCCCAGGAAACAGAAGAGGGAAAGGAAAAAAAACUUGGCCAUAUAAUCUAGAGCAGGAAAACUUCAGCAAUUUCCAAGCUGUUUCCAAAGGUUUAUUGGCAUUCUUCCUUCAAACAGACAUCAAGGGGUCAAGAAAACUUUGGGUAAAUAAUUGCACAAAAGAAUGAAUAGCAGGGCUGUAUAAUCAGCACCCAGCACACCUUCUGCCUGUAACCUGCUUAGCAGUUAAAAACACACACAAAAAAUAUUUUAAGGCCUCCCCUACAGGGUUGUUGUGAGGAUGGGCCAGAACAGGAUUGCAAAACCAUUUUGCAUGCCUAGUGCUAGAUGUCCUUAGCAAUAAAUAAACAAGAGUGGUGAUAUGCAUAUAAAUUUGCUUCCUCCCUAACCAAGUGGUGCAAGUUAACGACAUUUUGCAAUCUGAUUUCUGGAAGAGAAGGAUUUCGGAAAUAGGAGGUUGUGACAGGGACGCUCCAGGUGUCCUUCAAAUGACAUGGAAGGAUUGUUUUUUACAGGGUGGGCUUGAGAUGGCAGGACCUCUGAACCGCAAGUGGGGUCUGAGCUCCUCAAGUACAGCGUAACAGGGAUCAUUCGGGAGACAGGCGGUGCUUGAAAACUGAGAACGGUAUAGAAAACUGCGAGAACAGUUUGCGAAUAAAUAAAUAUCUUUCUGCUUCUACAGCACUUGCCCCUUUCUUGUUGCAAUGCUGUUGGCAUUUGUAAACAGAUGUUUUAGUGUACCUUAUCUGUUAGAAUUGUUAGAUUUGGCUGUUUUAAGGAUUUAAAUAAAAGUAUUUUUUAAAGAAUCCCAUCUAUCAAUCACAUUAUGUUCUGUAUCCAUCAUCACACACACAACACAUUCAACAUUCGAACAUAUUACUUAACGUCACCUCUUCACUGAGAAGACGGAGCUAUUGAUAGAACAAGGUCUUGGUUUUGGUCAUUAACAUCGUUAAAGAAAGGGGUCCGUGUUUCUUCAUUUCAUUUCAAUUCUUAUAUUUCUAUGCAAACCUUUUAGAGGCACAAUUACUAUUCCGUUUAUGAAAUCUUGUGUUUCAGAAACAUGACUCUUAUUCCCAGAGGGCCUUCUCGGUAGUGGCCCCCGCCCUGUGGAACGCCCUCCCAUCAGAUGUCAAAGAGAUAAACAACUACCUGACAUUUAGAAAAAAAACAUCUGAAGGCAGCCCUGUUUAGGGAAGCUUUUAAUGUAUGACAUUUUGAUGUAUUUUAAUCUUUGUUGGAAGCUGCCCAGAGUGGCUGGGGAAACCCAGCCGGAUGGGCGGGGUACAAAUAAUAAAUUAUUAUUAUUA